AUGCUUGACGACAUUAUAGAUAACAUGGACCCUAAGACUAAGGAGGUGCUACAAGGGCUUGCACUUGGUGUUGGAAAUUCACUCUUGCUGCUCUAUAUCUAAUACUAAAGCAAAAAGAAUCAAAUGAUUAAAGAGAGCUUUAAUAACCCAGAUGCUUGGAGAAAUGAUUACCCUAUUAUAUUAGUUCAUGGCUAUUGCGGGUGUACAAUGGAUGAAAACUGGAUCUUGGGAGGUUACUUUCACUAUGCUUUUUCCUAUGCUGCUAGAUAUCUCAAUCUUGAUCAUGAUCUUCAUCCCUAAUACUUGCAGAAUGUAUUCGAGGCUGAUGUGUCACCUAUUGGAAGUGUACAUGAUAGAGCAUGUGAGUUAUAUCAAUAAAUAGUGGGAAAGUUUAAAAUGGAAGAGAUUUGCCAAAAAAGGAACAUUUCAAUGGCUGAAGCAGUCUAUGGAAAGUAGCAUGUUGAUGAGCAUCACUAAAGCCAAUUCUAUAAAAUAAGAUAUUUAAAGACUUAAGACCCUAUAAGUAUGCAGAUGUUUGCUUUUCCUAAUGGAAUUCCUGGCUGGAAAGAAACUAAAGAUCAAAGAAUACAUUUUGUUGGCCACUCAAUGGGUGCUAUUACUAUAAGAUACCUCCAAUAUCUGCUGAAAACAGGCUACUUCGAUUAAAUUGAAGGAACCCCUAUAAGAGACAGAAGUGAUAUAGUUGCAUCGCUAACAUGCUUAAGUGGUGCAAAUAAUGGCACGUUAGUCGUCAAUAAUUGUGGACUUCAGUAUGAUAGGGAACUCUCUAACUGGGUAAUGAAUAAAAAUGCAGUGAUGAUGAGAGCAUUUAAAAUGCAUGUUUUCUGCUAAAAUUUCUUCAAUUCUCAAAACUUUCAACAAGAAAAGAUUAAGAAGGUUCUCAAACAAAAGAAUGGAGAUAAGGUUUAUCAACUAAACUUUUAACUACACUAUCUUGUCCUUUAUGAUCUUAAUGUCGAAAUGUGGGAUUGGAAUAGACGAACUAAUGAAAGUUUGUAUUCUUAUUGGAAAAGACUUCAAGAAGACACCUUUCAAGUCUAGAGUAAGGAUUUAUCAUUUGUUGAUCUUAACCCUGCUGGAAUGAUCCAAUUAAACACAAUUGUCUAGUCCAAUCCAAAUACUUACUACUUUAGUAUUACAAAUGGAUAUAGAGACAACAAUACGAUCAAAUCAAGAGAGAUAUUAAGGAUUCAUAAGAAAAUUACUGAUUAAGCUCUCGGCUAUAAAAUAGAUAUGGAUGAGGAAAUAGCAUUAAACAAAACUAAGAUGAAUUAGUAUAACAAAAAAGAGAAAUCUUGGUGGGAUCAGAUCAACAAUUCAGUUGGGGUCUUUAUCAAGUAUUUAAGCAACCCAAUAUUUUCGCAUCUAUCCUUUUUCUACGAGACAUAGACGUAAGUAGAUGCGCUUUAAAGGCAUCUUUCAAACUACUUCAACCCUAAUAUGAAUAAUGUUGAUGCCGCAGAUUAUGUUAAUAAAGAUUGGACUGAAGACAAUGAUUUUGCAAUAGCUAGAAAAUCUAGCGAGUUCCCCAGAAUGACUAAUGACUAUCACUCACUCCUUGAUUAAUAUAAUAAACCUUGGGGGCACAUUGGAGAUCCUCAAAUUAUGGAUUUUAUUGAGAACCCAAUAUUCUAGAAAGACUAUUUAAGACCAGGGGUCUGGUACUUUGGUGGUGUACCAAGAUCAGAUCACUUGGAUUUCUGUGGCAUCCCACCAAAGCUCCAUCCAAUAAGGACACUACUAGGGAGAGAAUAUAGGAUAAAAAUAUGGAGGAAUAUAUAUUCAAGACUUAAAAUGCUUAAGUUUGAUGAAAUUAAGGCUUGA